AUGCCUUUCGGACUAUGCAAUGCCCCUGGAACUUUUCAGCGUUGUAUGAUGAGUAUUUUCUCUGAUUUGAUUGAACAAGAUAUGGAAGUGUUUAUGGACGAUUUUACUGUUUUUGGUGAUUCCUUUGAUAGAUGCCUCCAGGGUUUAGCUCGUGUUUUGCAAAGAUGUGUUGAAACUCACCUUGUAUUGAAUUUUGAAAAAUGUCAUUUUAUGGUAGAACAAGGUGUAGUACUUGGACAUAUUGUAAGUGCUAAAGGUUUAGAAGUUGAUAAAGCUAAAAUAGAUGUCAAAAGAAAGAUAAAAUCCUAUGUGAUCCAUUAUGCUUCUAAAUCACUUGAUUCUGCUCAAUGCAACUAUACUGUAACUGAAAAAGAGAUGUAUGCUGUGAUUUUUGCUUUAGAGAAGUUUAGACCUUAUUUACUAGGCACACAUGUUAUUGUGUAUUCUGACCAUUCUGCUCUAAAAUAUCUCUUGAAAAAGAAAGAAUCCAAACCUCGCUUGCUUAGGUGGAUGCUUUUGUUACAAGAAUUUGACUUAGAAAUUAGAGAUAAGAAGGGUGUUGAAAAUCUAGUUGCUGACCACCUUAGUAGAAUUGUUCCUAGAGAUGAUUGGCCUUUAAUGACUGAAUUCUUUCCUGAUGAACAACUUCUUUCAAUGUAUCAUGUUGAAACUCCUUGUCUUGAAAGUGGAGGACAUUUUGGUCCUCAAAGGACUGCUCAUAAGGUUCUGGAAUGUGGUUUAUAUUGGCCUACACUUUAUAAAGAUGCUUAUGUGUUCUGUAAGUCUUGUGAACGUUGCCAAAAGACUGGAAAUGUAUCUAAAAGGAACGAAAUGCCCCAACAUGGAAUCAUAGUAUGUGAAAUCUUUGAUGUGUGGGGUAUUGAUUUUAUGGGUCCCUUCCCCUCAUCUUUUGGUAAUCUUUAUAUUAUUCUUGCUGUCGAUUACGUUUCUAAAUGGGUGGAAGCUCAAGCUACCAUAACUGAUGAUGCUAAGACAGUUGUUAAGUUUGUUAAGAGUCACAUAUUUAACAAUUUGAAAGUCCUUUUAUAUAAUGCUCGCUUAAAGUUGUUCCCUGGUAAGCUUAGGUCCAGAUGGUUAGGUCCUUUUGUUAUUACUGAUUUUUUUCCUCAUGGUGCAGUAGAGAUUAAAAGCUUGGAAUCUGGAAAAGUGUUUAAAGUAAAUGGCCACAGAUUAAAACCAUUUUAUGAGUUUGAGCAUGCAGGUUUAAUUGAAGAGAUCGAGCUUCAUCGAGAAUGA